CCAACUCCACUGCGCAACGACAGCAGCGCGUCGCCAUUCAAUACAGAGGUGGCCACGACUUUCGCUGCGCAGGAGGAGUUUUUCCGCCCGCAGUAUGUUCCCGGCGCACAAGAUACUACCACAACCCACGAUGCAGCUGUCUCCGAGCACCCGAUCGCCAGGUUGAUUCACGACGAACUGGAAGCGAGAAAAACGAUUUUGGGGCUGAGCGCUUCUUCUUCUCCGCGACAGCAGCACCUACUUACCCAGGCCAUUUCUCGCACUUCCUCAAUAGAAAGAACAUCUUCUCGACGGGGCAGCUCCAGCUCAAGGGCCGCGGAAAAAAGCACGCAGCAGUGG